GUAAUGAGAGAGUGGCUGCUGCUGCUGUGGUGUUUCAUAGUAACCCGCAGUGGUAGCGACCGGCAGUGGGAAAGGCUACAUAAUAAGUGUUCCGGGAGCCUUCAGCUGAAUGUAUGUGGGUAUGCUGGAGAGAAAUGAGCCUCUAUCAGAGUGACUGUCCUGGCUCCCUUUCACCCUGAUCCCCACAGGACAGCGCUCCUCUAAAAAUAACAGCAGCCCAGAAUGGACUGGAGAAAGAGUCUGAAAGAGAAACUGGAGAGAGAUAACAAAGCCAGAAGAAGCGAGCAAGAGAUGAAGGAUGAAGAAAUGGUUAUGUUUACCAAAUUUUACACCGCAUGGAAAGGAGGCCAGAAAUCAAAUUCCCAAAACAUCCCUCGUUUCUAUUACAGGCUACCAGCAGAAGAUGAGGUGUUACAGCAGAAGUUGCGGGAAGAGUCACGAGCUGUGUUUCUACAGAGAAAGAGCAGAGAAUUAUUGGACAACGAGGAACUACAGAAUCUGUGGUUCCUUCUGGACAAGCAUCAGUCUCCUCCCAUGAUUGGAGAGGAAGCUAUGAUCAAUUAUACCAACUUCCAGACGGUUGGUGAAAAGGCGGGGCCGAAAUGCAAGCAUUUUUUUACAGCUAAAGUCUUCAGCAAACUUAUUCACAAUGAUCCUUAUGGCCGGAUAUCAAUUAUGCAAUUUUUCAACUAUGUCAUGAGAAAAGUAUGGCUCCACCAGACAAGGAUAGGUUUAAGCUUGUAUGAUGUGGCGGGGCAAGGCUACCUCAGAGAAUCGGAUUUGGAGAAUUACAUCCUUGAACUUAUUCCAACCUUGCCUCAAUUGGACGGUUUGGAGAAGUCCUUCUAUUCCUUCUACGUCUGCACUGCUGUUCGAAAAUUCUUCUUCUUCCUUGACCCCUUGAGAACCGGCAAAAUAAAAAUACAAGAUAUUUUAGCUUGCAGCUUUUUGGAUGAUUUACUAGAGCUUCGGGAUGAAGAACUUUCUAAAGAGAGUCAAGAAUCCAACUGGUUUUCUGCUCCUUCUGCACUGAGGGUUUAUGGCCAGUACCUAAAUCUGGAUAAGGAUCACAAUGGGAUGCUAAGCAAGGAGGAACUGUCACGUUAUGGUACAGGUACCUUGACCAGCGUCUUCUUGGACCGGGUCUUCCAGGAAUGCCUGACUUACGAUGGGGAGAUGGAUUAUAAGACGUACUUGGACUUUGUGUUGGCUUUGGAGAACAGGAAAGAGCCAGCCGCCCUACAAUAUAUAUUCAAACUGCUGGACAUCCAGAACAAAGGCAGCCUGAACGUAUUUUCUCUAAACUACUUCUUCAGGGCAAUUCAGGAGCAAAUGAAGAUUCAUGGACAGGACCCAGUCACUUUUCAGGAUGUGAAGGAUGAAAUCUUUGACAUGGUUAAACCGAAAGAUCCCCUGUGUAUUACGCUCCAGGAUCUCAUCCAGAGUAGCCAAGGGGAUACAGUGUGCAGUAUUCUUAUUGACCUUAAUGGUUUCUGGACCUACGAGAAUCGGGAAGUGCUGGUAGCCACUGAUGGAGAAAGCCCUGCAGACAUUGACGAUACAUAGUAAUUGGUCUUCUCUGAUUUCCCAUCAGUCCAGACCCCAACAUUAAACUCCUGUCAACACUAGGAAUGCAAAUAAAACCUAUAACUUUUGGGAGGGUUAUUUCCUUGAAAGUUAUGCCGCCUACACACGGUGCGAUGCAGGCUACAGCUGAUAUUAACUAGGUGAUCUGGCCGGAGGUAUGAACUCAGAUACUGUGUGGUCAAUAUUGGCCUGCCUGAACAGUCUAUUUUUCCUUGCAAUGCCGACCCCGCAUCGGAAUCGCAAGGUGUUUCCACAUGGUGCAAUAUGCACUCUGGGUUCUACCAAUGUGGACUAUAUAGUCCAUAUCGAUAGUUAUAUUCCACCGUGUGUAGGCCCCCUUAGUGUUCAAUGUAAACCUCACUAAGGAGUGUGAUGCUGGGGCAGAAACCGGAAUAGGCUUUUAUUUAUUUAUACUAUUAUUUUGUACUUUGUAAUAUAUAAAAGUGUAAUUUGACACUUUCUGUAAGGAAAUGUAAACAGCAACUCUUUCUACUAGUAUUGUGAAUAAAAUACUUAUAUUAACAGGCUUGCA